CAUGUGUGGGCUGAGCUGCUCUGCCAUUGGAGUAGGGCCAUGUCACAAAUGAAAUCCUUUUAUGAUAAAUGAGGUUACCAUAGCAAUGACAUUCCCCUCUCUCCUCCAGUGAGAUGGGGGCGGGGGAUCCUUCAGGGAAAAAAAGAAAAAAAGAAACUACCAUUCACAGCUCUCCCCACCGAGGAGUCUCUCUGAUAACCAGCCAAAUUCUCAGAAUGGAUCUUAUGGACUUUUUCGUUCCCAACACCUUUCAGACCGGAGAGGAAAAGGGGCGGGGAUAAGGAGGAAGGCAUUUUCAGCCCGAGAGUGUUUCAGUGUGUGUUUGUGAGUCAAAAGUGUGGGUCUGCAGCUCAGCUACGUUUUAUGGGAAAGUCAGUUUCCCACCAUUGUGUCCUCAGCAGUUGCCAGACACUGACAAGGCUUGUAGGGUGUGUGUGUGUGUGUGUGUGUGUGGUGGAGUUUUCUGUGUGUGGAGACCAGACGCUGCUGGUUUCAGAGGCAGAGUUCAGAUCGUGUUGGAGCCUCUGAGGUGAAGGCAGGCGGCUCUUCCAAACCUGCGAAUGUCCUGCUGCCUUUCUGGACUGCAUUCGUUUUUCCAUCCUGUGGUUGUGGAGUCCUGCUUUUGAUUUUGAGCGUGGCGGUUCCCGGCGUGGCCUAGCCAGUAGUGCUAGUGGCAGUGGUGAGCUACAGGGCUGCAUGCCAUGGGCUGUGUCUUCUCCCUGCCAGAGGACAGGAGAGAUGCUGCUGAGAGAGCACCCACCACGAGAGAGACAAGUUUCAUCGAGAAAAUGAAGAAAACAGGCAAGAACAUCAUUGUGUUCUACGGCUCCCAGACGGGCACAGCAGAGGAAUUUGCCAACAGACUGUCCAAAGAUGCUCAGCGCUAUGGCAUGAAAGGAAUGGCUGCGGAUCCAGAGGAGUAUGACAUGGGGGAACUAUCCCGUCUGUCUGAUAUUAAAAACUCCCUUGCCAUAUUUUGCAUGGCCACCUACGGUGAAGGAGACCCAACAGAUAAUGCCCAGGACUUCUAUGACUGGCUGCAGGAAAAUGAUGACGAAGACCUCUCCGGGCUAAACUACACUGUAUUUGCUUUGGGCAACAAGACCUAUGAACACUACAAUGCAAUGGGAAAAUAUGUUGAUAAAAGGCUGGAAGAACUUGGGGCCAAGCGCAUCUUUGACCUUGGUUUAGGAGAUGAUGAUGGCAAUCUGGAAGAGGACUUUGUUUCAUGGAGAGAGCAGUUCUGGCCGGCCGUCUGUGAGCACUUUGGAGUUGAAGCCUUAGGAGAUGAAUCAAGCAUACGGCAGUACGAGCUUAAGGAGCACACAGACCUCAACAUGAACAAAGUGUUCACAGGAGAGAUUGGCCGCCUGAAGAGUUUUGAGGUCCAAAAGCCGCCCUUUGAUUCAAAAAACCCUUUCCUGGCCCCGGUCACUGUCAACCGCAGACUCAACAAAGCUGGUGAUAGACAUCUUAUGCACCUUGAACUAGACAUAACCGGCUCCAAGAUCAGAUAUGAGUCAGGAGACCACGUUGCUGUGUUCCCCACAAAUGACUCUGCUUUGGUGAACAAGCUGGGACAAAUCCUUGGAGUGGACCUUGAUGUUGUUAUCUCUCUCAACAACCUUGAUGAGGAGUCCAACAAGAAGCACCCUUUCCCCUGCCCCACCACCUACCGCACGGCCCUCACUCACUACCUGGACAUCACGCACCCUCCUCGUACCAACGUCCUCUAUGAGCUGGCACAGUACGCCUCUGACCCCAAAGACCAGGAAAAUAUGCGCAAGAUGGCCUCUUCCUCACCUGAGGGCAAGGCACUCUACCAGAACUGGGUGUUGGAUGCCAGUAGAAACAUCCUCGCCAUGCUGGAGGAUAUGCCUUCUUUGAGGCCUCCCAUUGACCACCUGUGUGAGCUGCUGCCUCGUCUCCAGGCUCGCUAUUAUUCCAUCGCUUCAUCCUCUAAGGUUCACCCUAACAGCAUCCACAUCUGCGCCGUGGUGGUGGAGUACAACACCAAGACCGGCCGCGUCAACAAGGGAGUCGCCACCAACUGGUUGAAGAACAAAUUGGUCACUGACAACGGCCACAAGUCCACCGUUCCCAUGUACAUCCGCAAGUCUCAGUUCCGCCUGCCCUUCAAAGCCACCAACCCUGUCAUCAUGAUCGGCCCUGGGACUGGAAUCGCUCCCUUCAUGGGCUUCAUCCAAGAGAGGGGAUGGCUGAAACAGCAAGGAAAGGAGGUCGGAGAGACGGUGAUGUUUUUCGGCUGUAGAUAUAAGAACGAGGAUUAUAUCUACCAGGAGGAGCUUGAGGAAGCAGAGAAGAAUGGAGUUCUAACACAGCUCCAUGUUGCCUUCUCCAGAGACCAGGAGCAAAAGGUGUACGUGCAGCAUCUCCUGAAGAAAAAUAAGGAGGCCAUGUGGAAGCUGAUUAACUCUGAAAAUGCUCAUAUCUACGUCUGCGGGGAUGCAAGGAACAUGGCUAAGGAUGUGCAGACGGCCUUCUACGAGAUUGCAGAAGAGCUGGGAGGCAUGACGCGCACCCAGGCCACAGAUUACAUCAAGAAACUGAUGACCAAGGGACGCUACUCACAAGAUGUCUGGAGUUAAAGAGCCACAGACUCCACUGCGGUCUCACUACUACUAAAUAGUGGUGGUUUUAAAAUUUUCUAUUUUUACCGCACUGUUUUAUCAGGACUGAAUAUAAAACAUUUUAAACUCUUGUCCAUCACUCUGGUUCAUGAGAGCUACAGGUAGCAGAAGAUCUUGAGGCAAACCCUACCUCAGCAGGUUUUCUUUAAUAAACCCAUUCAGCUUUCUCAGUCUGUAUUUCCUAUGAAUACUAUGUUAUGUAUCUGGACCACCAGUCUGUGUCUGCUGGGGUCCUCACUUGAGCUGUGGUCUCAGCCCAAACAACAGUUACCCCGUUUGCUUUCCAGAGGCUGUUAGAGUCUGCUAUAAAUGAUUAAGUUGUGUAAUUGGGUGUUUUGACUGCCACUCGAGCUGCUCCGGGAUUAGAAGUGGGAACCCGUUGGCUUGAAAGUCCUCAGUCAACCAAUCAUGAAAGCUUACUUUGCAAAUGCAGCAAAGACUCAUCUUCCUUUCAUAUUUAAUUUUAAUUAGAUGCUUUUUUUUAUAUUGAGUCAAUCAGUUUGAUUGCAGCUUUAUAAACUGAUUAUGACUGAAUAAAAUAUCUGUGGAAAGGGAUUCACCGGCCCAACCUCUGGAUGUACAUUUAUAUAAUUCCAAGGUGAACGUGACUUAAUUGAACAUUUUAGAAAGCUAGAACGGCAGUUUGCCGUCUUGAGAUGUUUGUAACUUUCAUUUAAUUAAUCAACAGAUUGUAGAUGUGUUCGUGUUGCCAUACGGAGAAGCUUAAGACAUGAAGUUGUGCUGACUGUAGUUUCUCUCAGAGCUGAUCUGGUGGUACUUUUGAAAAGUACUUAAAAUACAUGAUGUUUUAGAAAACAGCAGUUCUGAGAGGGGAAAAUGUUUUGAUGCGACAAACUGGCAUCAUUGGUACAAUUUUUGUUUACCUUUGUAUUUUGACAUGGGAUUUCAGCUGUUAUGCAUACAUUGCUGUUCAUUUUAAUCAGUAACAGUAACCAAAAAGUGAUGCAAAUGGGAGUAUGUGGAGAACACAAGAGUAUGUGCAUUUUAUUUCCAGAAACGCCUGUCUUUAAACAUGAUGAAAAUGAAACCAUGUCUGGCCUCCCAAAUGAUGGUUGUUUAUUUUAUAUACAUCUGACAGCAGAGGAUUAUGAAAUGGAUUUGUCAUGUGGCAGUAAGACUACACCUAUUUGAUUUUUUAAUCUGUAUUUUUUUUUUUCUGUUUUUGUCCAAUCACAUAUGCACCACUACAAGGAGAGGUGACCGGACAUAUCAAAACAUUUUAGGUGUCUCCCGGCAUCUGUGCUCAUCCCUGUACUUUUGUGUGAAUAUGAGGAGUUUGAAGAGGUCAGCCGACCAGUUAAAGUGCUGCCUGUGCCUUUUUAACACUGCCUUAUGUAUUAAGUUGGCAUUAAAACCCUGAUGCUUCACAAUCUUUUUGCUAGUAUUUUUUUCGUCCAUACUUACGUUUUGAUAGAAAAUCACUUUUUUUGUCAUUCAUUUAUGAUGUGAGUAUUUGAUUUUAUUAAGGCAUUUUUUAAUGAAUAAAAUUGGAAUAAUUUGU